ACAAACAACUUGCCAAUAAUUACCUCGAAUUAGAAGAACCACUCUUGGAGAGUAUGAACUACAAAAGAGGUGACGGUAAGAGGGGAUUCAGAGCGGAGGGCUUGUCUUUGUUGAGCAAUGCAUCAGAGUGAAUGGCGAUGGACGAAGAAGGCAAAAGGUUGGAGUGGGGUUUUAUAUAUGGUCUACACACUUGUGUACAAACCAAUGUACCCAUAGUAUGUAUCGUGCUAGGGAUACACUGCAGUGUACCCCUAGCACGUUUCAUUUAGUGAAAUGUUAUGCCUCAUUCAAUACAAUACUUGGAUUAGGUUUUAAAGAACCCAUUCAAGAGAAGCACCAAAAGCAACUAAGCAUCAUAGUGAGUGUACUCCUGAGUAUUGUUUUAGUGUGGUUGGUUUCUCAGGAACUCUGUGAAGACAUUAGUCCUCUGGAGAGAUUAAGGCUAUCUCAUCAAGCCCUGGAAGGGAUCUUACAGACAUUCAACGUAUACAUCAACCUCUUGAUAAACGCCCUCCCCGGUUCAAUGGAAACCGAAUCCGUAGAGGGAUCCGGACACCGGAUCGUCCGAAUCGCGGAGACCGAGGCCCAGCAGACGGCGUUGCUAGCCAACGCGGUCUUAUUAGCCGACGAACUGAUCCCACGCGCCGCCGCGAAACUCUCGCCUUCGAAUCACCAGGUCAGUAGAAUGGAUGACGCCGCCGCUAAGAGAUCGUCCUCGGACAGGCGGAUUCCGGAGCAGAGGGAGCUGAAGCGGCGGCUCCAGCGGCUGGUGGAUCAAUUGCGUGACAGCUUCUGCAGACAGCACGCGCUUGAGCUUAUUUUCACGGAAGAUGGCGCCGUUCGACUGAAUGCCGAUAUGUAUCUCAGUUUGAACCAAGGCGGAGAAGAGCCAGAAUGGUUCCCAUCUCCAAUAUAUCAGGAACUGUUUGACAAGUUGACAAGAAUUGCAAACAUUGCAUCGGAAAUGUUUGUGGGGAGAGAGAGGUUUGCAACAAUGCUAUUGGUGAGACUCACUGAGACAGUCAUCCUAUGGCUUUCCGAAGACCAGACCUUUUGGGAAGAAAUUAAGGAUGGCCCACGUCCUUUAGGUCCUUUGGGACUUCAACAGUUUUAUUUGGACAUGGAGUUUGUGAUACUGUUUGCAUCCCAAGGGAGGUACUUGUCUAGAAACCUACACCAAGUCAUCAAAAACAUUAUAGCCAAAGCUAUUGAAGCUGUGGCUGCCACUAACAUUGACCCUUAUAGCGUGCUUCCCGAGGAUGAGUGGUUUGCGGAUGUUGCUCAAAUAGCAAUCAAGAUGCUAAUGGGAAAAGCCAAUUUUGAGAACGUCGAAAGAGAACUACCUGCCGCAAUAGGUAGCCCCACAGUUGCAUCGGCCAGAUCGGCAACAUCUCCCAUUUCUCAUGGAAGCCAAUAACAAAAAAAGAUGAACUUCAUCUUAGGUAUUCCUAGACCGUCGAGGAGAGUGAUUUAAAAAGAGGUAAAUUAAAUUUUGAUCUUAGAU